AUGCCAGGGUACAAGCACGGGGACACGCCUAAGCGGGCAAUGGUGCGGGGGACGAUAUCGUACCUGGAGUCGCAGGGGCUGCCAGUGAACAAGUCGGCAAUAUUCCGACACUUUGAGCUGUCCCGGUCGCAGGGGUACGCGGCGCUGAGCGUGCCGGUGUCGAGGCGCAACGACCCGGAGUGGGAGGAGACGCGGGGGCGGCCGAGCAAGAUCGGGGAGGCGGACCAGCUGCGCAUGGAGCGGAUCCUGUGGGACCCGGCGUACGAGGCCGUCAACCUGAACUGGGGUGGUCUGGCGCGCGAGGCCGGGCUGACCACCGAGUGCAACGCGCGCACACUGCACCGGAACAUGGGCACGAUGGGUUACCGGCGGUGCCUCGGAUGCGCGCGGUCGUGGACGCACAGGAAGACGAGGGAGAGGAGGGUCGAGUACGCCGAGCGCAUGCUGGAGGCCUACCCCGACCCGGGCACCUGGCGCCUCGUCCGCUUCAGCGGCGAGCUGCACUUUGGCUUCGGGCUGGACGGCAGAGUCAGGUUGCUGCCCCGACCCGGGGAGAAGUACUGUGAGGCUUGCCGUGGUGGACAGCAGCAGCAGCAGCAGCAGCAGCAGCAGCAGGAUCAGGACCAGGAUGUGAUGAUGGAGACGCCGACGGAGGAUGAGGAAGGUGCUGCUACUACCGCUGCUAGUACUACUGCCGCUGCUGCCGUCGCCGUUGCGUCUACCAUGACGACAGAUCACCCGAGGGAUGUGCGGAGGCUGCACUGCUGGGCGGCGGUGGGAUACGGCUUCAAGAGCGAGCUGAUCUUUUACGACGAUUCUACCAGCCCCAACAGCACCGGCGUCAUGAGCAUGUCCGACUACUGCGACAAGGUUCUCGAGAGGGUCGUCAAACCCUGGCUUGAUCCUACCAUCCCCGUCAGCGGCAGCGCCAACGGCGAUGGCGGCGGUGAUGGCGGCGGCGGUGGAGGAGGAGGAGGUCAAGCACAGAUGCCGCCGCCUCCGCCGUCUUUCGUGUUGGAGGAGGACGUCGAGGCAUUUGCGCACGGAGGCGCCUCAAAGGUCAACAUUGCUCAGCAGUGGAAGGCAGCCCACGGGCUGAGGUGCUACUUCAACUGCCUGGAUAGCCCAGACCUCAGCCCCCUCGAUACGCAAACGCUGUGGCCACCCCACAAGCAGUGGACUGUCGAGACACUGAGGGACUGGGACGAGGAUACGCUCAGGCAGACGGCUAGGGAUGCCUGGGCUAACUUGGAUCAGGAUAGGAUCAAUAUGUGGGUGGAUUUCAUGCCGCAGAGGUUGAGGCAUGUUGUCGAUACAGAUGGGAGGAUGGUUCCAUGGUGA